UGAACCCGGAAGCACACUGUGUUUCCAAACGGGAACGUGUGGCACCAGUGGACGGGCACUAUAACCCCCCCACCUGUCAAUUUUAGGACUAUUUAGUGUUAGAAAGUACUGACAAGAAUUACAUGAGGUGCUGGUUAAACUCCAACGGAGUUGUUUAAUCAGCAAUGGGAGCUAACAGCAGCACGCGUCGCGUGUCUUUUGAGUCGGAUGAGAAUGAGAACAUAACCAUAGUGAAGGGCAUAAGGCUCUCAGAGAAGGUCAUAAACCGCAUGAAGGAACCCACUGAACACUCAAAGACCCAGUCAACCUCCAGAACCCCACCUGCCUCACCCCCCUUGGUUGAUCCUUUGCCAGCCCUGGUGCCAGUAUACCCUCCAUUUGACCCCCUUUCGUCUCCUGUGCCAGAGUCAGCAAAAGUCCCCCCACCUCCACCUUUGACCAAGACUGUGUCCUCCCCUGCACCACGUACCCCCUCAGCUGAAUCAGCGGGUGUUGUAUCGACCCCUGCAGCCGACCUUGUGGCCUUCACUUCUCAAACUAUCCCCCACCCUCCUCCAACUGCAGAAGAACCUGUGGCGUCCCCAGCUGUGGAUGAGUCAGAGCUCAGAAGAAAGAUCACGGAGGAACUGGAGAGAGGUUUGGAGCAGGAGAGGAAAAAAGCACGAGAGGAGCUGAACCAGCGGCUGGAAAAGGAAAGAUCCAAGGCCCAUGCAGAGGCUCAGGCCCAGGUAAAGGAUGAGGUGAGCAGGAUCCUGGCAAUGGAAAAAGCCAGUGCGGAGGACAACGUCAAGAAAGCCAUGCUGAGAGAGAGAGUCAGCGCAGAGGACGAGCGAUUACGAGCUCAGAUCUAUCAGAUGGAGAGAAAGGCCGGACAAUUGGAGGAUAGAGAAAAGGAACUCAAGAAGCAAGAUGCUUUCUACAGAGAGCAACUGGCUAAGAUGAAGGAAAGGAGUGCCCAGUUCUACAAGGUGACCAAUGAGAACUAUAAGAAAGCAGCCGAUGAGGUCAACGCCAAGUUCAAGCGAUAUGAAAUUAGUCCGGUGUGCAGUGACCUUCAGGGUGAGAUUUUGAAGUGCUACAGGGAAAAUGCUGGAAAGACUUUGCAGUGUUCCAACAUAGCCUCACGUUACCUCCAGUGUGUCAACAAUGCUAAACAGGAGAAGUUAAGGACUGGAGGUUAAGUUUCAGAGCAGGAAGCGAGGGAGACCCGCGUGUAUCCAUGAUCUCACCGUUUAUCGACUGUUGCCAAGGAAAGACACCAUCCAGAGGCGCACCUGAUUCACAAGAGCAGUAAAAUGAGACACACCCUCAGACCUUUCUCUUUUCCACCACCCUUUCCCUCCACUUUUACCUUCCCUCCUGCUGUUUCUCCUUUCUACAGAAAUGGAGAAAAUGGGCAUUAAUGGACAGAACAGAAUGGGCACCGUGCAGUCCAGCCCAAUAAGCACUGGUGAUUGUAGGUGGAACCGAAUGUUCUAGACACUGAACCAAAAAGCAAACAUCUCAUCAUGGUUUACCUAGGCUGAUACACAACGCGAGAAACUGUAGAAGCACAUUGAGUUGAUCACGCUAGCCCAAGCUUGACCCAACCACAACAAUCUCAGAACUCCAAUCCAGUAGCUUUGAAAUCAAAGUUGGGUCUAGAUUUGGUCGGUUUGCCUUUGAACACUGACGUAUCAUCAUUCACCAUUUUUGCCUCUACCCUGGUAGCCAAUCACAAUUCUCCACCACACUCCUCAUUGCACUUGACACAUCUUCAAGCUGUUCAUUGUGUUUUUGUGCGUACCGUUCAUAAUCCACUUGAUUUGUUUUGUGUUGUCGUUCACACGAGGCGUUCGGUCCGAGCCUCUGAUCUGCUUUGAAGAAUUAAACUAUGAAACCCUGAACCACUUCAGCCCGUGUCCUUUUAUUGUCUUGUUAAAAAAGAUGCAUGUUUUUAAUGCAUUGAUGCUGUUCGUAGUCAUAGUAGAUUAGGGUUUCAUGAAAAGCAUUUUUAAUGCACAGAGAUAAAUGAAGAGAGAGAGAGAGCAGAUGCUACCAAGAAUGAGAGUAUUUGAGAGUAAAAGCACGUUUGCAUCCUAAAGCGUAGCCUCUCUCUCUCUCUUAUAUCUCUUUCCUCUCUUUCAUUCUUCGCACCAUUUUAAAUUUAUCCGUCAGGCUAUGCAGUGUCGCUCCAGUAGUUCUUGAGAGGAGUGAAAAUGCCUCUUCACUUUCAGGCUAAAAUCCCUUUUACGCGCACACACGCUUUUCUAAAGUUGCCAGCCAUGAGAACUCUUCACCAUGCCAGAUCAGUCCCCGUGCACUGAUGGUUCAGAAACACAAACAUACAAUCUUCUUCAUCUCUUGACUCCAGACGGCAUGCAAAAUGGAUAACGCAAUGACUCAACUGAUACAUAAGACCACUUGGUAUUGUGUAUAUGGAAAUUGCAGACUUACUAAACUGUGACACGUUAUAGAAGUAAAAUGGGUUGUAAUUGCUGUCCGUGGGACACUGUCCUAUUUUGGUAUCUAUGUCCUAUAAAAAUUUUAACGUUGUUUGUUUUUUUUUUUUUUAAUUCUUUAAGACAAACCAUGUGGAAAUAAUCAUUCAAUACCAUAACUGAGUAUUUUCUCCUUAAAACAGCAGUUAGCCAAUGACAAUCUCAUAAAAACAGUUUUCUACGCCACAAAUAUGUUGAAACCAAUCAUGUCACAGUUGACUGAGUGGAUCAGGUAGUACGAGCUGGUGUGAUUUGACUGGAGGCGGAGACUAAUUUGCAUAUUCAUGAAUCCCUAGGCUCCUAACGCAAAUGUGGAGUUGCAUUCAAGGUAUUUAAAAACAUGAAGAACUUAUUUAAAAAGUCUAUCUUUAUAUAUGUAAAUGUGUCAUUUUAAUGAUCAAAGAUGAUUUUUAAUGGAUACAAUUCUUCGUCUUUUUCGUUUUUCCACUGACAUCACGCCCACAGAUUCUACUCGUCUCUCAAAACUCCAGGGUUUCUCCAUCAUUGCCUCUCAGCAAUCAGAGGUUAAUCUUCAUUCUGUAAAGAGUAUUCCUCUCAGGGCAGAUCUACCUCUCAUCUUCUCUCAGAGCAGCUAGGGGAAGAAACUCCUAAGUCCUCUCAACUUUAUCGGCUGUUUUCCUCUUUUCUUCUCUUUCUGAUAGCUUGUCUUAUUGUUCCUGUUUGUGCGGUGUGUGAAUGUUUCUGCCGGCUGUAAUCGAAGAGUUUCUCACAGGGGGAUUAUGGAAUUCUCUCAGGUUCUCUAAUUCCUUCCAAACCAACGCUUGGCAUUAUGGGAAUGACAGCUGCUGAAGCACCUUUGCAGUUUACUUGUAAUACCUUAAAGACUCAAUGUAGUGGUUUGACAGACACAUUUUUCUUUUCUGUGUAAAAGCUGCAGUAUGUAACAAAAUAAAAAUAUA